GCAAGGACGCGUUACUAAUUUUCAGUUUUUCACACUGGUCGCUCCUUCAACUCCUCAGAAAACCGUUCUGGUUUUUGGAGUUGGAAAUCCUCUGGAGUUUCUCAACUUUGGGUUUUAACUUGAUUUCUUAUACAGAGGAGGAGAUUACAGAGAAAUGAGUGGCGGUGGAGCAGAGGAAGAGACGACUUUGGAGUUCACGCCGACAUGGGUGGUCGCCGCCGUUUGCACGCUCAUCGUCGCCGUCUCGCUCGCUGUCGAACGCCUCCUCCAUUUCACUGGAUUGUAUCUGAAGAAGAAGAAUCAAAAGCCUCUGUAUGAAGCUCUCCAGAAAGUCAAAGAAGAGCUGAUGCUGUUGGGGUUUAUAUCCUUGCUGUUGACUGUGUCUCAGAAGACGUUGACCAAGAUUUGUGUGACUGAGGAUGUCAUGCACCACUUACUCCCUUGUGCACUUGAAGAUGGUAAUUCCACUUCAUCAGAUGUCUCAGAAACAAAAUCCCAUAACCGCAGGUUGCUCUCAGGAGAAAGUGGUGUUGGUUACUGUGCUGCAAAGCAUAAAGUCCCAUUAUUAUCUCUAGAGGCUCUGCACCACCUACACAUCUUUAUCUUUGUCCUUGCAAUUGUGCAUGUUACAUUCUCCCUUCUUACCAUUGUAUUUGGAGGAGCAAAGAUACGCCAAUGGAAGCGCUGGGAAGAUGCCAUUGCCAAGCUUAAUACUGAAAAUGGGAAUGCUGGGAAUCCGGGUCUCACCCAUGUCCGUCAACAUGAUUUUAUCAAGAAUCGCUAUGUGGGUAUGGGUAAACGGUCACUCAUCUUGGGUUGGCUGCACUCUUUCUUGAAGCAGUUCUAUGGUUCUGUAACCAAGUCAGAUUAUGCAGCUCUUCGUUUGGGAUUCAUUACAACUCAUUGUAGGGGAAAUCCAAAGUUCAAUUUUCACAAAUACAUGAUCCGUGCACUGGAGGAUGAUUUCAAGAUAGUUGUUGGCAUUAGCUGGUAUUUGUGGGUAUUUGUGGUUAUUUUCUUAUUGAUGAAUGUUAACGGUUGGCAUACAUAUUUUUGGAUCGCAUUCAUUCCGUUUAUUCUCCUACUUGCUGUUGGGACGAAGUUGGAGCAUGUUAUAAUGCAAUUGGCUCAUGAGGUGGCUGAGAAACAUGUGGCGAUAGAGGGCGAUUUGAUUGUCAAACCUUCUGAUGAGCACUUUUGGUUUGGGAGUCCUCAAAUUAUUCUAUUCCUCAUACACUUCAUUCUUUUCCAAAAUGCUUUCGAAAUUGCAUUUUUCUUCUGGAUAUGGGUGCAAUAUGGCUUUGAUUCUUGCAUAAUGGGGCAAGUCCGAUUCAUUGUCCCUAGGCUUGUCAUAGGUGUAAUUAUUCAGGUGCUAUGCAGCUAUAGCACAUUGCCACUCUAUGCUAUAGUGACACAGAUGGGAACAUGUUACAAGAAAUCAAUUUUUGAUGCACACAUGCAAGCCAACAUUGUGAAUUGGGCUCAGAAGGUGAAACAUAGAAAGGGACUGAAAUCUGCAAUGGGAGGUGUGGCCAAGCUGGGCCAGGAGGGUGGUGGUUCAACUGAUGGAUCCUCCACAGGUGUGCAAAUGGGAGGUGUGGUACGCAAGGAAUCUGUUUCACCAGAUCAUGGAGGAGGAAAGUAAGUAGUGUAUUGCCUCUGAAUGAGCAUGCAUACAAACUAGAAUGACACUGCCAAUUUAAAUAUAUUAUGAUAUAUAUGUGUAUGUAUGUGGUAGUAUAUAACAAACAUACUGGUAGUCGCUACGGAUUUUGUGGAAUAUUUCUGGUGGCACAACAUUUCAUUUUUAACGCCAUUUGCUUCUCAGCUGCUCCAUUGUAGGGGGGGCCUAUGUAGAUAGAGGUUGUACGAGUUGCCAGUUAUAGGUGUUUCUAAUGGAUGAGACAAUUCUAUAGGCUUGCACUAGUCUUUUAUGAGGCACAUAUUUGUUGGUUUCUCUAGUUAAGAGUAGAAGAUAUAUAUAUAUACAUUGAUAACAAA